AUAAAAGCUAUAAUUAUAGAUCAGCAAGGUCAGACGUAUGAAAGGUAAUAAUGAUCAUCAUGACUACUGUAGCACAGUUUUCUUCGCUCAUUCUUCUACUCUCUCUGGCUCUGACCUCCCCCGCUAACUGCUGGACCAAUGGGACGACAGUCGAGUAUUGGGUGAGACCAGACACAAUGUCAGAGUGCCCCCACUCCAUACCACCACACCAGUGUGUCACUAUAACAGAUCUGGUGACUAACUCCACAGACACAAGCAUCAAUGAUGGUAUGAGUAUCAAUGUAUUCUUCAUAGCUGGGACUCAUGUUCCAAAAGCGAAUGGUUGGAUUGUUGUCGGAAAUCCAUAUUUAAAUCAGGAAGUAUCAGCAACUUUUGCAGCAAUUUCAGAUGGACCAAACCAACAAAAUGCUAUAAUUGAUUGUGAGUCAGGUCACCCAAUUAGCUUCGUGUUUCUUCAACUUCUAUCUUUAACUUUGAAAAACGUCGAGCUACAAAAUUGUGGUUUUAAACUACACUUUAAUAGUACGAAGGAUAGCUCAACUAUAACUAUUCUGAAUAAAACUACAUCAUCAGUAGUAGUCAUGAACGUACCCGAGCUGGUAAUGGCUAACAUCAAUAUCACUAGCAGCAGAGGAGCUGGCAUGGUCAUUAUUCUGAAUAAAUUCGACAAAAAUGUCAACAUUAACCGUUUAAUGCUAAAUGAAAUUGUCAUACACGGUAGCAAUGAUACUGGAAAUAAGUUUGCAGGCAACUUGUACGUAAUGUUCAGUGCGUUUGAAAAAAACACACUUAAGAAACCCACGAUUUUCUCAAUAAACAAUUCUAUAUUUUCGAAUGGAAUUGGUAGGUGCUCGGAAAAUGCACAUUUUGUAUUCGAGUGCUUUUCUGGUGGACUAACAAUUUCUAUUUUUAUGGUAAACUUACAUAAUGUAAGUGUAUUGAUAAACAGGUGCAAAUUUAUGGACAAUAAAGCUCCUGUUGGCGGUGGUAUCGGAUUGUUCAUAGACGAAUCUAUUAUCGGACUGUUGUUUAUGGAACAUAAGCAUACUUUCGAUAAUUUUAGUUUGAAUCACAUUCAUAUCACCAAGUCAAUCUUUUCAAGGAAUACAGCUGUUGGAAAUGGUGGUGGGCUUGCAAUAGAGAGUGAUACUUUUCUCUUUCACAAUAAUAUAAUUUGUUGCCGGCAUCAUAUAGAUCUAAUUAGAUCUAUUAGUUUAUAUGUGAAUAUAUCAGAAACAGUGUUCAGAUAUAACUCAGCUCAAGUUGGUGGUGCAACAUACACUUCCUUCAUACAGUUCUCUUUUGACAGAUGCACUUUCAUAGGCAAUGAAGCUAUACUUGGAGCAGCUGUCUAUUCAGAGUAUUCUAUCGAUCAACAAAUCAGUAAUUGCACAUUCAUACACAACACAUGCAGGACAAAUACAGCUACAACAGAUGAAGAGAGAUAUGAAACUGGUACAAUUCAUAUCCAAAGCAGAAUAUUUCUGAAAGAUGUUGAAAUUACCGGCAAUGAUUGUAGAGAUAAAAUAACAAUUAGUAUGAAACACAACACAGCGAUGGAGGGAGGUGAUGCAAUUUAUGGAGGCAAUCUAAAAUUCUGUCAUUUGUGGAACUUUUUCGAUAUCAUGGAGAGAAAUACAUCAUCAGCUGUUUCCUCUCCACCCAACAAAGUGUGUAUUUGCUCUGACGACUUCCCACAGAAACACACAUGUUCACACUUCAUGCAACUAGACACUUAUCCAGGACAGAGGUUACAAGUUCCACUAGUGUGUGUGGGGCAGUACAACUAUUCCUCCCCUUGCAAAGUACAAGCACAUUUAGAGAUGACAAGUAUCGCAAACAUUGCUGAAGAAGCAAUCCUUCAAAACAUCGCCAAAGAAUGCAAACAACUGUACUACUCAAUAGAAACUCAACAAACAAACUAUACUGAAACACUGAGUCUAACAAUAGUCAAAGAACAAGACUCUAAUUACGAAUGGAGCGACCAAAUAAUACCAACAGUAAUUGAGAUUAGAAUUAAAGCAUGUCCACCUGGUUUUACACAAAACAAUAAUGCCAGAAAAUGCACCUGUACAGAUUAUCUAGCGUCUAAUGGAAUCACAUGCAACAUUGAUGAAGAGCGACUGCACAAGAUAUCCUCCAUGUGGGUUGGCAACUAUUUAGGGGACGUUGUUGUGCAUCAAGUCUGUCCAUUCGAUUACUGUAAGAGCAACUUCACCAAAGUCAAUCCUUUCAACCAGCAAGAGCAGUGUGACUUUAAUCGCAUUGGUGUACUGUGUGGAGCUUGUCGACCUGGGCUCAGUCUAGUACUGGGUACAUCACAGUGUAAAGAGUGCUCUAAUAUCAACCUUCUCUUAUUGAUACUAUUUGCACUGGCAGGAGUCGUCUUGGUUGUCCUUUUACUCAAAUGUAACCUCACUGUUUCCACGGGAACUAUUAAUGGUCUCAUAUUUUACGCCAACAUCGUACAAUCCACACAAACUGCUUUCUUUCCGUCCAGCACUGAUAACAAAUUCGUCAGCAUUCUCUCAGUCUUUGUUGCCUGGGUGAACCUUGACCUGGGCAUAGAAACAUGUUUUGUGAAUGGACUCAACACAUACUAUCGUACAUGGCUACAAUUUAUCUUUCCUUUGUACAUUUGGACAAUAGUAGGCCUGCUAAUCUUAAUCAGCCGCUACUCUAUCAAAGUCUCUAAAUGGACGGGCUCAAACACAGUAUCAGUUCUAGCUACACUCUUCCUACUAUCGUACGCUAAACUAUUGAGGACUACUUUCGAUACCUUUUCAUCAACCACUCUCACAGAUGUCAACGGUACGCUCACCACCCUCUGGCUGCUCGAUGGCCGCUACACAUUCCUCGACUGGCCGCACAGCUUGCUCUUUGCAGCUGGCCUGUUCAUAUUAUUAGCACACAUACUGCCAUUCACUAUCCUGUUAUUAAUGGCCCCGAUUCUGCAGCGAUACACACACUACAAGUUAUUACGAUGGGUCAACAAGUUAAAGCCUCUACUGGAUGCUUAUCAAGGUCCUUACGGAGUCAAGUCUCGCUAUUGGACUGGACUACUACUGCUAGCUAGGCUCGUUAUACUAACAGCUGUGUCUUUAAACGUAUCUGGAAAGCAAGCCAUCAAUUUGCUAGUGAUAAACAUAGUACUAUCUAUUUUAAUGAUAAUACUGAUGGCAUUCGGAAUAGCAAUUAAGCUCUAUACAAGCAAACUAUCAAACUUCCUGGAGCUAUUUUUUCUGGCAAAUCUUCUGCUACUAACUGCCACAUCACUGUUUCUGCAGUCAAACCAAACUGAUAAAAUCAGCGGACAAAGUAUAACAAUCUGUUGUAUGGUGGGUAGUGCAUUCGCUAUGUGUCUUAUCUUAGCCUAUCACUGCUACGUUGUAUGUCAGAGAAUAGAAGCCAUCAAGCGACUAACAUCGAGAAUUGUUUCCUCUCUAAAAGGGCCUCGGAAUCGAGCACUAACUAACGAUGACAUCAUACGUGGCCCCCCACAUAGCACACCCCCCACAGUCACAAAGGUUGAUUUGAGGGAACUGCUACUAGAGGAUAACUAUAAUCAUUGACUAACAUUGCACGCACAUGCAGAGAUAUAAUUAUAGAUAAAACACUUAGUGUAUUCAAAAGACUGAAUAAUUGAUUAGGCAAAAAAAUAGCUGAAGUACCCUCACAAUUGUCACACACACAGUGUACCCUCACCUUCUCACAACAACACGAUUUACAUGUUUUGUGAGAAAUUGCU